AUGAAUCUGGGCGGUACGAUACGUUUGAAUAAAUACGGUUUAUUCGCGAUACUCUGCUUAUUCCUCAUUUAUUCCCUUCACUUUAUAUCCAAGAGGACGAAUAAAUCCACAGAGAGCGACGUAAAUGACAUAAAUAAAAUAAAUAUUCGCACUAUAUUGAGCGUGGCGAUAAAAGCAGCCGAAAAUGGCGGUAAGAAAGUCGUAGAGCACAAAGAUAAUAUGAACAUCAAAAGCAAAGGGAAAACCAAAGAAGGCCUACGAGACAGUGUAACCAAUGCGGAUAUAUCCUCUCAUUGUUCCAUGACACAAACUGUGAAACAUUUCUUUCCUGAUAUAAAAUUAAUAUCCGAAGAAUCUACAGUAAAAUGCAAUGAUGAAUAUCCCGAGUACGAUACUGUAGAUUAUGUUCCGAUUAAUAAGGAAGAAUUUGUUAAUAAAGAUGAUGUUACUGUUUGGAUAGAUCCUUUAGAUGCUACGUAUGAAUAUACAGAAAAGUUAUAUCAAUACGUUACUACUAUGGUUUGUGUGGCGAUUAAAGGUAAACCCGUUAUCGGAGUUAUACAUAAGCCCUUUGAGAAAGUUACGUCUUGGGCAUGGGUUGGAGUUGGUCUUUCAAAAGAUUUGUCUUUUCCAGAAAACCGUAUUGAUAAUGAUCUCAAAGUAAUAGUAUCCCUGUCGCAUAAGGGGGAUGUCGAAAAGGCGCUUGAAAAGAAAUUCGGAAAUAACGUUAACGUUAUAUCUGCAGCUGGGGCUGGGUACAAAGCCUUGGAAGUGGCUAAAAAGCACGCGGAUGCGUAUUUGCACGUAACAAAUAUUAAAAAGUGGGAUCUUUGUGCGGGAGAUGCUGUAUUGAAUGCCUUGGGUGGUAAAAUGUUAGAUAAAUUCGGUGAAGAAUUGAAUUACAGUAGUGAUGCUAAGGUUAUUAACGAGAACGGUCUGGUAGCUGCGCUAGCAAAGCAUAAUGAAUUCUUAGAUGUUCUAAAAUGA